AUGGGUGGUGCAAAUGGCGUUGUGCAGAUCGAUGGUCCAAAAUGGAGGGAACAGCGAAGAUUUUCGCUCCAUGUUUUGAGAGAUUUUGGCGUUGGACGAGCUCUUAUGGAAGGAAAAAUUAUGGAUGAGGUAAACGCUUUUGCCACUUAUCUUUGCGAAAACCAAGGACGAGUUACGAUGAAUAGUCCCAUAGCUGUUUGUGUUGGAAAUGUUAUCAACAAUAUGCUUUUCGGAAUGCGAUUUCCUCAGGUAAGGUCUCUCGUCAUUCGCAGUUUAGGCGCGCCCAAAGCUGUCUUGUGCCGUCGUCGUUCCAAACCAGUGCCAGCGCCGUGCUGGAUUGCAUCCACCUUUGGCUAGGU